AUGAAGAAACAUCAAGGAAUUGGGCCAUUCAAAUCGGAAAAGAAGAGGAGGAGGGACUGGAGAUUGGAUGAUAAAAGUGUGGGAGCUCGAUUUCUUGAAAUGAGGUAUAACGAAUAUGAAAAUUCCAUAAUGGAAGAAGAGAAAAAUGACAGUGAUCCCAGUGCGGACGGUAGCGAUCAUCCCACUUCUCAAGAAGAUCAGGAGGCCAUUUCUACAGCCGGAAAGGUCAUCAAAUGCAGAGUUUUCUCUGAGUUUCUUGGUUUAUAUUUGUGUGCUGCCGUGGCAUGGGAAGCUGGGAAGCCGCUGGUGAUUGAGGAAGUAGAAGUAGCACCACCACAGGCUGAUGAAGUCCGCUUGAAGAUCCUCUUCACCUCUCUUUGCCACACUGAUGUUUGUUUCUGGAAAGCCAAGGAACAAACACCAUUGUUUCCCCGCAUAUUUGGUCAUGAGGCUGGAGGAAUUGUAGAGAGCAUCGGUAAAGGUGUAACGGAGAUUCAAGCAGGUGAUCAUGUCCUAGCAGUACCCUAUGGUGAGUGCAAGAAUUGCCGGCACUGCAAGUCAGAAGAAAGCAACUUGUGUGAUCUCCUAAGAUUCAACACUGACAGAGGUGUGAUGCUAAAUGAUGGCCAAACCUGGUUCUCGAAAAAUGGGAAGCCUAUAUAUAAUUUUGUUGGUACAUCCACACUAAGCGAAUACACUGUUGUUCACGCUGGAUGUGUUGCCAAGUGCAACACUGAAGCUCCACUUGACACAGUUUGUAUUCUUGGUUGCAGCAUUUGCACAGGUCUUGGUGCUGUCAUAAAUGUUGCAAAACCUCCACAGGGUUCAUCUGUAGCCAUCUUUGGAUUGGGUACUGUUGGCCUUGCUGCCGCUGAAGGUGCUAGGAUUGCAGGGGCUGCAAGGAUCAUUGGAAUCGAUUCGAGCCCCAGUGGUUUCGAAGAAGCCAAGAAGUUUGGUUUAAUUGAGUUUUUGAAUCCAAACGAUUAUGACAGACCUGUCCACGAGGUGAUUGCUGAGAUGACUAAUGGAGGAGUGGACCGGAGUGUGGAAUGUACAGGAAGCAUUCAGGCCAUGAUGUCUGCAUUUGAAUGUGUUCAUGAUGGUUGGGGUGUUGCAGUACUAGCUGCUGUGCCAAAUAAAGACGAUAUAUUCAAAGCGCAUCCAGUGAAUUUCUUAAAGGGGAGGAUUGUAAAGGGUUGUUUCUUUGGCCAGUAUAAACCCUGGACUCAUCUCCCUGCUCUUGUUGAUUUGUAUAUGAAUAAGAAAUUGAAGCUGGACAAAUAUAUCUCUCAGUCGGUUCCUUUGAUGGAGGUCAACAAAGCCUUGGAUCACGUUGUGCAAGGAAACUCCCUGAAGUGCAUCAUCCGAUUUGCAGAAUGAUUACCUAUAAGAGAAAAAUAUGGUUUUGAUAACAGGCAAUGUACAUUGUUAAAAACGUUAUAUGCAUGUCUAUUUUGAUAUUGCUAAAAAGUGUACACCUUUAUCUACAGUUGGGGUUUUGCUAAGAAUAAAGAUUCAAGUUGUUGAUAAAUUCUGCUUGUACAUUAUGAGA